UGGGGUUCUUCCUUCCCAAAUGGAGGACCCUACACUUGCCUUAUAAUGCAGUGUAUCAAAGAUGUACACAUAUAGCAGGAAGGAUUCUUUUCCUUUGAAAGAUUGCCAAGGAAUACAUUUUCUGUACUCAUACAUGGUUUAAUUUGCUUUGGGCUAACAGUGUGUUUGAAGAGAACUGAGAUUAUGUAACAAACACAGGAGUACAGAUAGUCCUUUCUAUCAGAGGGAUUUGAUUUCCAGUCACUUUUAAGUUUCAUUGUCUUGGAGGUGUUUUGAACAACUGCCACACAGAUGAAAAGGCAGCCUUUAGCAUGGCUUCUCACAGGUUUACAGUGCAAGUAUGGGGUCAGCACAAGAUCAAGAUCUACAUCCACUUUCUUGGACUACACACAGAUAACCACUGUAGCCACACACUUCUGAGGUAGCCUCGUUCGAAAAUCAAUACCAAGUUCAUCAGUAUUAUCACUACGUUAUGAGUAUGGUUAACCACAUCCACAAUGCCUAAAAUGAUUGCUUACAUCCUGAAAGUGACUUUGCCUCUCAAAUGGCUAGAAAUAGAGCAUAGAUGACUAUCCCAGAUGGAGACAGCCCUUGCUGCCUAUUGGCAGUGAAGACUUUGAAAGACAUGCUAGCCUGAUGCACUAAAUUAAAAUGUCAGAUAUUUGCCUGAGCUGCCAUCAGUCUCCCUUUUACUCUUAAGUCAAUUAUACUAGUAGUUAUUUGUGCUUUCCAAGUACCCAUCCAGAACACGUGAGCAGCUGCUGGACUCACACUGCACACACCUCAGUGGGUAUAUAAUGGGUACACAGUGGGUAUAUACAUGCUAUGAGCAUCAGGUAUCUUCUUCAGUGGAAAGGUAGACAGGACUUUUGGUACCUGUGGCUGUUGUGCAAGCCACACAGUGGGAAAGCUGAAUGGUAGACAAAGGAACCUGGAUGAGCUGCAUCUCACUUAUGUUUAGAUGACUCAUUAGUCAACAAAUUAUCAUAAAUUAUAUAUUCUUACUGGUAUUACAGUAAGUGGAAUUAGACACCUCAGUCCCUUAAAGCCUGGAUGGGGGAAGCUGCCUGCAUUGAGAAACAGUUCAAUACCUCUGUACUCUGGCCCUAGGCUCCCUUAAUAAUUUUUUAAGGUGAAUGAGGCUUAUCCUCCACCAGUUACGUAUCAUCAUUGGCAUGACUUCAAUUGUUGUAUUGUACACUCACAGUCACCCCACCCUUCAGUUUGCCUCUUUAUGCACCUUUGUGUUAGGAUAAACUGGGAGAGGCAGUUUAAUUGGGGAAGAAAGUUCACAAUCGAGGAAGGAGUUCACAAGUCUGCUCUCUGCCUCUAGACAAAGAGCAGCAACCGAUGUCAAAGCCUCCUGGUCAUCUGGCUUGUCUUUCUGGCUGUGAGGGGAGUGGCAGACCACAGAAGCAACACUUCGUAAGAGACUGAGGAAAGGAACUUGUGAAGCAGCCAUUCAGCUAAAAUCAAUUACCGGGCCACCUAGAGCUUACAAGGAAGAACACCUUGAGGGGAAACAAAGGAGAGACGAGGAGAACAGCAAUGAAAAGACUUUGGCUGUUUGUUUUCAGUGCAAUUCUGGUGACUGCACAUGCCCUCACUGUGGAAGCACCUGCCAAGGAAACACAAGUGGCACAAGGGAACAAUGUUACCCUCUGCUGCCAGUUCAAAACCGAAGCUUCCAUUGACUCAGGAGACAUUGUCGUCUGGAGAAAACUCAACAGUGUGGAUGAUGCUGUCACUAGGUAUUUUGAUGGACUUGUCCAGUAUGGCAAGGGCUACGAAAACCGCAUACAGUUCAGCGGUGAUGUAAACGCAGGAGACGUGAGUAUCACCAUCAACGCAGUGACCAUGGCAGACAACGGCACAUAUGUGUGCAGCGUGCGGCUGAGGAAUGACCCCCCCCGGCAGAUCACAACCUUGGCUCUUUUCGUCCUUGUUGCACCAUCCAAGCCAGAAUGCAAGGUUUUGGGGACAGCAGAAUAUGGACAGACAAUCAAUCUGACCUGCAAUUCUCAUGAGGGCUCCCCAAAGCCCAGAUAUACCUGGCAAAGCUUCAAUGUACAAAAUGACCCCCGUGCACUACAAACAACAGAAGGGGAACAAAUAACACUGAAGAACAUCUCGGUGGAUACCUCUGGCUUUUACAUCUGCACUUCGACAAACAUUGUGGGAAAGGAGUUUUGCAACAUGACAGUUAGCGUAAUGCCACCAUCCACGAACAUAGCUCUCUACGCUGGCAUCACUGGUGGAGCUGUUGCUGCAAUUACAGUUAUUAGUAUUUUAGUCUAUUGCUGCUGCUGUCAGACAGAGAAGGAAAAGGACUAUGAGAUGACGGAGCAAGAAGAUAAAAAUGAACACUCCAAGGUGAUGCCUACAAGGCAUGUGAGAGCAGAGGAUGAUGUUGAAGACAAAUGAAGAAAGAAGCGGGAAGCCAGUGCCAUCUUCAGGCUUUAAUGAGGCACAGACACCACUGCAGAGGAGAAACCAAUCCCUCUUUUUUACUGCAAGAAGAUUUUUCGGAAUAAUAAGGUGAAAGCUGAUGGCUCUGCCUUCCAAGUUCUGGAAGAGAAUAUUCUUGUCUCCCUGGAAAGAAGUGACUACAUAUAGUGAGUACCUAACCUCAUAGCAGAAAAUGCAUUUGAGGCACGGUUUUAUCCAGUCAUCUAAAAAUAACCAGUCUUCUAGACUUCCCAUUCCUUCAAAAAAGAAGCCAGUCAGGUCUAUUUGGAGAACAGAGUUGCUGCUGUAUCCCCAGCUCCACAGAAGCUUUCAAAGUCACCAACAGGAAGUCAUCAAGGAAAAGUGGUCUUGUUCAUGGUGUUACACAUGUGCAACAGCUUACAGCACUGCCCAGUACAGAAACUGUUUUAUGCAGACUGAAGCAAGCUGAUUUUUGACGGACAUUUUAUUGAAUGUGUUCUCUGUAUAUAUUAUACAUGCACACAUAAAUAAAAAUAAGGAAACCAU